AUGGCCGGUCACUUUGAGUCUGAGCUAUGUGAAGUGCUACUUGAGGAGUAUUUCGGAAAAACAGUUAGUCUUGUCGCUUCAGUUCUCUUAAGAGAGUCAAGUCCUCUUCCUGCGAUAAUUUUACGUCUCAAAGGACAAGUAAAAUUUAAUGCGGUUCGAAAAUCUUUGGCUAUCCUCAAUCAACACUCGAUUGUGAGUUUUAAGAUCGACUCAGCAAUGCGAAUAAACUAUACAAUCGAUCGCGAUGCUAUAUUAGCGUUCUCAAAGGCCCCAAGGUGCUGUUUGAUUGUGAAAACAUUGUAUGGCGGGCUAGCUGAGGCGAUAUGCGAAGAGUUAUUCAGUUACGGCAGUCUUACCUGUUCAGACACCAUUCGCAAAGUCGCCUUACGUCUUGAACAACCGUUGGCAGAUGUUAAGGAAAAGUUUUGUCGAUUAGCGGAAGCUCAAUUCAUCGCGAGAUGUCCUCCAGUUGUUUCAUCGCUUAAGGGUUGUCCGCAGUUCGACUAUUCGUGCGAUCCUUUCAUUAUGCCGGAUGUUAUACUUCAAAGCUCGUGCAAUAGUGUGGAAGAGUCGAGAAAACGUAAAGCUUCACUCCCCGACGGCGAUGAAGGUAUCUACUGGCGAAUCAACUGGCCGCGAUUCGACCGCUAUAUACGUGAUGAAAUGACUCUAGAAUUGCUCGUGCCAAAGUGUUCCUCCUUAGAACGAACAUCACGGUUAUUAUCUCAAACUGUUCGUUCAUUGCUGAAAACGAAUGAAGUUCGAGCAUCUCCAGUGGCAACUAUUAAUACUGCACCGAUCUCGCUUUUCGAUGUGAUGCGAUGCGUGAAAGAGAAUGAACUCGAACUUGAAAGGGCAGACAUUGAGAAGGCAUUACGAACUUUGGUGGAUGAGUCACGCGGAGUAGUCCGAAAAUCUGGAGACAGUGGUGGUGGAUUAUUUGUCAUCGAUUUUGAGCGCGCUAUCGAACAGAUCUGCCAGUUCCACAUUGAAUCGAUGAUUCGAGAGCAGCUUGAGUCGCGUGCAGUUCGGAUUUUUCGCCUACUUCAGCGAAGGGGACAUCUUGAAGAAGACCAAAUUGAGAAGUUGACGAUGAUGAACAGCAAGGAAACUAGGGAACUUUUGUAUGCGAUGCUUGAAGAAGGAUACAUAAGUACUAAGCCAAUCGGUCGCACUAACGACUUCGCUCCUUCAAGAACAUUCGUUCUCUAUUACGUCGAUUUGCCUCAGAUGGUGCGAGGGUUGGUAGAGUACACAUGCAAGAUGCUGAGGAACAUAAUCCUUCGAAGGUCUUUUGAAGUAAAAGAGCACCGGCAGUUGACUGAUCGACAAGUGAAGAUGGAGUCGAUCAUGGAAACGAUAAAUGCAGACGAAGGUCUUGACGAAGAAACGAAGAAGCAACAGAUAGUCGAAGUAGAGGAAAUGUAUCUAUCCUCUGCGGAUCGGGUAACUUUAGAACGAUAUCGGCGAGCACAAACAUCGCUUAACGCAGCUGAGACGGAGUGUGAACGAGCGCUAUUCGCUUUUCGGCUUUUUCUUGAGUUUUCCGUUCGAAAGUGUUAG